AAAAAAAAAUGCAAUGUCACUCUCUCUUAUUCACUUAAUAAUAAAAUUAAUUUAAAACAUAACUAAAUCUAUUAUGGUAUUUAGAUGCUAUUCUCUAAAACUUCUUCUGAAAAUCACGUUCAAAAAUAAAUUAUUACACAAAAGAUUUAUCUCAGAUAUAGUUAGAUAUUUAGGUUGAGAUUUUUUUCAAUUAUACUUUAUUCAUAUUUAUAUUUAUAUAUGAUAAUAAUAACUGAACUAUUAAUAAAACUAAAUGACAUUCAUUAAAAAUAUUAUCAAAUCUAUUUUUUUUAGCGAAUCUGAAAUAUUUUAGCAACGAAAUCAAAUCUUUUUUUCCAAAUCAAUCAGUUUGAUUAAAUGAAGUAAUUUAAAACUAAUUAAACUAUAAAUUCACUUUAUGAAAUCCAGUUUAUCAAAUGAAACCCUCACUCAACGUCUUUCUUGUUCAUCUCUCUCGACUAGACUGAAACUGAAAAAGUGAAGUGAGUGAACUGAAGAUAAUCAAUUUCACAUUCAACCAUGAACUCCAUCCCAAAACCCAAACUGAAGCCGGUGAUCAUUCGAGAAGUGUGGGCCUUCAACUUAGAAGCUGAAUUCCAACUCAUCCGCGGACUCAUCCAUCGCUACCCUUUCAUCUCCAUGGAUACUGAGUUCCCCGGCGUCAUCUUCAAGCCCGCUGAACCCCACAACCACCGCAACCUCCGCCCCACUGAUACCUACCGUUUCAUCAAGGCCAACGUUGACGUGCUCAACCUCAUUCAAGUUGGUCUCACCCUCUCCGACGCCGCCGGCAACCUCCCCGACCUCGGCACCGACGACUGCACGUUCAUUUGGCAGUUCAACUUCUGCGACUUCAACGUCACCCGCGACGCCCACGCUCCUGACUCCGUCGCCCUGCUCCGCAGCCAGGGGAUUGACUUCGCACGCAACGCUGCCGCCGGCGUUGAUUCGGCCCGCUUCGCUCGUUUGAUGAUGUGGUCCGGGCUUCUCCGCAACAAUGCUGUGAGCUGGCUCACUUUCCACUCAGCGUAUGAUUUCGCGUACUUGAUCAAGAUUCUGACUCGCCGGAGCCUUCCGGCUCGACUGGAGGAUUUCUUGAGGGUCGUGAGGGUGUUUUUCGGAGACAAGGUUUAUGAUAUCAAGCAUUUGGUGAAAUUCUGCGAUUCUCUCUACGGCGGUCUUGAUAGGAUUGGGCAGAUUCUCAAAGUGGAUCGAGUGGCUGGAAAAUCACAUCAAGCUGGUUCUGAUAGUUUGCAUACAAUGCAAGUGUUUCAGAAGAUCAAGGACGUUUAUUUUGACAACGAUGGCUUUAAGAAACACGUCAACGUCUUGUACGGGUUAGAGUUAGAAUUCAAUCCUAGUUUGAAUCACUUGUAUCCUUCCCCCAACCAAACUUGUUCGAGUCGGGUAGUGCCACUUUACUACAUCCCCACACGCUCAAAUAUGAUGCCUCUAUUCAAAUAUGUACAAUUUGGCUAA